CUGCUCGGCCUGGGCGCCGGCGGCUGGGGAGGGGGCGCUGGCCCCGGGGCCGCGCAUGCGCCGCCACCAAUUUGGGGCUGUCGGUGGAGGGCGAGUGCUGGCUCCGUGGGGAGGCGACGCCCUUCAGGGCCAACGGGCCGCGCGCCGAGGCGGCCGUGGGAACGACUCAUCCCUUUUCCAGCCGGGGGUCGGGGCUGGGGUCGGGGUCGGGGCUGGUGGGGGCCCCGCCCCCGUCUCCUGGCCUGCCCCCUUCAUGGGCCGCGAUGAUGGCGGCCCUGUACCCGAGCACGGACCUUUCGGGCGCUUCCUCCUCCUCCCUGCCUUCCUCCCCAUCCUCCUCUUCGUCGCCGAACGAGGUGAUGGCGCUGAAGGAUGUGCGGGAGGUGAAGGAGGAGAACACCCUGAAUGAGAAGCUUUUCUUGCUGGCGUGCGACAAGGGUGACUAUUAUAUGGUUAAAAAGAUUUUGGAGGAAAACAGUUCAGGUGACUUGAACAUAAAUUGCGUAGAUGUGCUUGGGAGAAAUGCUGUUACCAUAACUAUUGAAAACGAAAACUUGGAUAUACUGCAGCUUCUUUUGGACUACGGUUGUCAGUCCGCAGAUGCACUUUUGGUGGCAAUCGACUCUGAAGUAGUGGGAGCUGUUGAUAUACUACUUAAUCAUCGACCAAAACGAUCAUCAAGACCAACUAUAGUAAAACUAAUGGAGCGAAUUCAGAAUCCUGAGUAUUCGACAACUAUGGAUGUUGCACCUGUCAUUUUAGCUGCUCAUCGUAACAACUAUGAAAUUCUUACAAUGCUGUUAAAACAGGAUGUAUCUCUACCUAAGCCCCAUGCGGUUGGCUGUGAAUGUACAUUGUGUUCUGCAAAAAACAAAAAGGACAGCCUCCGACAUUCCAGGUUUCGUCUUGAUAUAUAUCGCUGCUUGGCCAGUCCAGCUUUAAUAAUGUUAACAGAGGAGGAUCCAAUUCUGCGAGCAUUUGAACUUAGUGCUGAUUUAAAAGAACUAAGCCUUGUGGAGGUGGAAUUCAGGAAUGAUUAUGAGGAACUAGCCCGGCAAUGUAAAAUGUUUGCUAAAGAUUUACUUGCACAAGCCCGGAAUUCUCGCGAAUUAGAAGUUAUCCUAAACCAUACAUCUAGUGAUGAGCCUCUUGACAAACGGGGACUACUAGAAGAAAGAAUGAAUUUAAGUCGUCUAAAACUUGCUAUCAAAUAUAACCAAAAGGAGUUUGUCUCCCAGUCCAACUGUCAGCAGUUCCUGAACACUGUUUGGUUUGGACAGAUGUCAGGUUACCGACGUAAGCCUACCUAUAAGAAGAUAAUGACUGUUUUGACAGUUGGCAUGUUUUGGCCAGUUUUGUCACUUUGUUAUUUGAUAGCUCCCAAAUCUCAGUUUGGCAGAAUUAUUCACACACCUUUUAUGAAAUUUAUUAUUCAUGGAGCAUCAUAUUUUACAUUCCUGCUAUUACUAAACCUGUACUCUCUUGUCUACAAUGAGGAUAAGAAAAACACAAUGGGGCCAGCCCUUGAAAGAAUAGACUAUCUUCUUAUACUGUGGAUUAUUGGGAUGAUUUGGUCAGACAUUAAAAGACUCUGGUAUGAAGGGUUGGAAGACUUUUUAGAAGAAUCACGUAAUCAACUCAGUUUUGUCAUGAAUUCACUUUAUUUGGCAACCUUUGCCCUCAAAGUGGUUGCUCACAACAAGUUUCAUGAUUUUGCUGAUCGAAAGGACUGGGACGCAUUCCAUCCUACACUGGUGGCAGAAGGGCUUUUUGCAUUUGCCAAUGUUCUGAGUUAUCUUCGUCUGUUUUUUAUGUAUACAACAAGCUCUAUCUUGGGUCCAUUACAGAUUUCAAUGGGACAGAUGUUACAAGAUUUUGGAAAAUUUCUUGGAAUGUUUCUUCUUGUUUUGUUUUCUUUCACAAUUGGACUGACACAACUGUAUGAUAAAGACUAUACUCCAAAAGAACAGAAGGACUGUGUAGGCAUCUUCUGUGAACAGCAAAGCAAUGAUACCUUCCAUUCGUUCAUCGGCACUUGCUUUGCUUUGUUCUGGUAUAUUUUCUCCUUAGCACAUGUGGCAAUCUUUGUCACAAGAUUUAGCUACGGAGAAGAAUUACAGUCCUUCGUCGGAGCUGUUAUUGUUGGGACAUACAAUGUUGUGGUUGUGAUUGUGCUUACCAAGCUGCUGGUGGCAAUGCUUCAUAAAAGUUUUCAGUUGAUAGCAAAUCAUGAAGACAAAGAAUGGAAGUUUGCUCGAGCAAAGUUGUGGCUUAGCUACUUUGAUGACAAAUGUACAUUACCCCCACCUUUCAACAUCAUUCCUUCACCAAAGACUAUCUGCUAUAUGAUUAGUAGCCUCAGUAAAUGGAUUUGCUCUCAUACAUCAAAAGGCAAGGUUAAACGGCAGAACAGCUUAAAGGAAUGGAGAAAUUUGAAGCAAAAGAGAGAUGAAAACUACCAAAAAGUGAUGUGCUGUUUAGUGCAUCGUUACUUGACUUCCAUGAGACAAAAGAUGCAAAGUACAGAUCAGGCAACUGUGGAAAAUCUAAAUGAACUGCGCCAAGAUCUGUCAAAAUUCCGAAAUGAAAUAAGGGAUUUACUUGGCUUUCGGACUUCUAAAUAUGCUAUGUUUUAUCCAAGAAAUUAGCCAUUUUCUAAAUCACGUAGAGAAUAAUUUUCAAUAAUAAAUCUGAAAGACUGCAUUUGUAUAACUUGCAAUUAAAUUAGUAAGAUAUAUAUUGAAAUAAAGAAUUAUGUAAAAGCCAUUCUUUAAAAUAUUUAUAGCAUAAAUAUAUGUUAUGUAAAAUAUGUAUAUAUGAUUAGUUUUUUUAAAACCCUCUGUUCGUGGCUUUUUGCAGUAAUAAAACAGAUUAAGUAGAUAGAUUUUGUUAGCAUGCUGCUUAGUUUUCUUAUUUAAACGGUGCUUAAAUUUUUUUUCUCUUUCUGCUUAAGAAGGGCAGCGUUAGAAUUGUAGUGACUAUUGCCAGAAGGUUUUGUAAAAAUGAAGAUCAGCAAAUGUGGACUGAUCUCCUUCCAUAGGGUACAUUUGAGAUAUAGAAGUCUUGUUUUUUAAAAUCUUUGCUUUAGGAGUUUACAUAUAUAGUUCAGUAUUUAUUGUUUAGGAGUAUAGGUUUACCUAAAACAGUAGUCUAUUUUUUCUUUUU